GCCUUGAAAGUUAGGCAAAGAACAUAGCGACCCGACAGAGAGAGCGACAAGACAUUUUCAGAUAAGUUCAUGGAGUACUGGAUCAGAGCUAUUUUCAAAUCCCAUUCCCAAAUCUAUUUCCGCUUCUGCUUCUUUAUUUUAGUUCUAAUUCACCAUCAAUAUAUCCGAUAAUGCAGUUAACGUCAUAAAACAGCUGUUUGGAAAGAAUACUUCUUUUGCAAACAACAUUUUGGUGCUGAUUUUACAUAUUUGUUGUUAUUUACAAGACCAAAUUACUAAAAAAAUGCUCAAAAGGGUUUCACCAGCUGCUAAUAUCGGGUAUAAUUUCUCGAAGUCAAAGUGUGCAGAAAUUCAUUAUCACUCAUCGACAUUUUCAAUUCUUUGUACAUUUUGCGGUAUGAGGACUCUUGCUUUUAGCGAAUUCUGUAAUCAUUUCCACAACCAUUACGAGACUUUCAUAAAUGCUUGGGUAGAUAAAGAGGAAUCCAUAAUUAACAGUGAUAGUGAAAUUAUCGAAAAUUUCGAUGGAAAACGCGAUCCAUUGAAAUUGGAGGUACGAGAUGGUACUAAAGGUUCCGAAGAGGAUUUAAAUAUUCUUCAAUUUGAAAACAAAGAAGCAAGCAAAGAAGGUGGUGUAAAUGAAGUGUCCAAUUAUGAUGAGACGGUUUCCAUCCAUGGUUUCGAUAGGCAUCAAACAGAGCCCGCAUCCGAUGCACCGGACACAGAAUUAUUUAGAACCACAAUAAAAUUAGAGAGUACUGACGUCAGCUGCAAAGGAUCUACGAAUAUGGUAAACACGAGUACAAAGGUUUCCCCAAACGAUAAAUGUACUUCUGAAGAAGACGAAAAUUCCACCAACGAUUUAAAUGCUCAAGUAGGUUUAGAGAAGAUUGAAGAAAAUCUAGUUGAAUAUAUCGAUUGGUCUAAAUCUUACGAACCAAAUUUAUUGAAAAACAGUGACAAACGUCGUUAUAAAGCUCGCAACACCCCAAACAAAUGUACGUAUUGUGGAAAGACCUUUCGGCGCCGUCUACAAUUGGAUACGCAUCUAAAUAUACACACGGGCUCUAAGCCGCACCAGUGUGAGAUAUGUGGCCGUUUGUUUCGUGCAGUUACAACCCUCGCACGCCAUCUGAACACCCAUGAAGAUCGCCAAGUUUUCAAUUGCAAGUUUUGUGCGAAAUCCUUCUCACGCCGGGCUGCAUUGCUAAGCCAUGAACUGAGACACACACAGCAGCGACGUGUACCCUGCGAUGAGUGUGAAAAACUUUUUUAUACCGUUAAUCAAAUGGAUACACAUAAACGAAAAGUUCAUAAUAAAGUGGAUGACGCUUCCUUGCCCUUUCAAUGCAAUUUAUGUACGAAACGCUACCGUAGUGCUUCCAUGCUGAGCACCCACAAGUUCAAAAAGCAUUACAAAACUGCAAAACUAACUUGUGAACAAUGCGGAAAAAAGUUCGUCAACGAUCAGCAGUUGGAGGUACAUAAAACUAUACACGUUUGUAGCCUCAGAGACAACCAAUGACAGAAUUGCAGCAAAUAGGAUAUAGUAAAUAUGUAAAAUUUAGAACUGAUUUGCAAAUACAUAUAAAUAUGUACAUGUAUGAACGUAUGUGACUUACCGCGUUAUUUCGUCUUAUUCUGUUUGUCAUUUCUUUAUUUAGGUGUGGUGAAAACGUUUACCUCGCCCAUUGUUUCUUUGCACAAACAUUGUUUGUUGCAGGAGCAUGCAUAUCAAAGUAAUGCUGCGAUUGAAACAUUUAUAAAAUUUAAAAAUAAAAUAGUUGAAUAGCGAUUACCUCAUAAGUACCGCAAAACUGCAA